GCGUCAUUAUUCGUCUUGUUUUAGAAGAGCACACAUUGCGACGCUUACCUAAAGCAAACUCAAACGGUUUUUACAAAUUAAACAAAUUUUCUGUUAGUGAAAUCUCAAGUGAAAAAAAAACUCAAUCAAGAUGCGUGAAUGUUUGUCAAUCCAUGUCGGACAAGCUGGUGUCCAAAUCGGUAAUGCCUGCUGGGAAUUGUACUGUCUUGAGCACGGUAUUCAGCCAGAUGGUCAGAUGCCAUCAGACAAGGCUUUGGGAGGUGGUGAUGAUUCGUUCAGCACCUUCUUCAUGGAAACUGGUGCCGGCAAGCAUGUUCCACGUGCUGUUUUCGUCGACUUGGAACCAACUGUCGUCGAUGAAGUUCGUACCGGAACCUAUCGUCAAUUGUUCCAUCCAGAACAAUUGAUCACUGGCAAAGAAGACGCUGCCAACAACUAUGCACGUGGUCACUACACCAUUGGCAAAGAAAUUGUUGACUUAGUCUUGGACCGUAUUCGUAAAUUGGCCGAUCAAUGCUCAGGAUUGCAAGGUUUCUUGAUCUUCCACUCAUUCGGUGGUGGUACCGGUUCAGGUUUCACCUCAUUGUUGAUGGAACGUUUAUCGGUUGACUAUGGCAAAAAAUCAAAAUUGGAAUUCGCUGUUUACCCAGCACCACAAGUUUCAACUGCUGUUGUUGAGCCAUACAACUCAAUUUUGACCACCCAUACCACAUUGGAGCACUCGGACUGUGCAUUUAUGGUCGACAACGAAGCAAUAUAUGACAUUUGCAGACGUAAUCUUGAUAUUGAGCGUCCAACAUACACCAACUUGAACCGUUUGAUCGGACAAAUCGUAUCGUCAAUCACCGCAUCACUUCGUUUCGAUGGUGCCCUCAAUGUUGAUUUGACUGAAUUCCAAACCAAUUUGGUACCAUACCCACGUAUCCAUUUCCCAUUGGUCACCUAUGCACCAGUCAUUUCGGCUGAAAAAGCAUACCAUGAACAAUUGUCGGUUGCCGAAAUCACCAACGCUUGCUUCGAGCCAGCCAACCAGAUGGUCAAAUGCGACCCACGUCACGGCAAAUACAUGGCCUGCUGCAUGUUGUACCGUGGUGAUGUCGUACCAAAGGACGUCAACGCUGCUAUUGCCACCAUCAAGACCAAGCGUUCAAUCCAAUUCGUCGACUGGUGUCCAACUGGUUUCAAAGUCGGUAUCAACUACCAACCACCAACCGUUGUUCCAGGCGGUGAUUUGGCUAAGGUUCAACGUGCCGUGUGCAUGUUGUCCAACACCACAGCCAUCGCUGAAGCUUGGGCUCGUUUGGACCAUAAAUUCGACUUGAUGUACGCCAAACGUGCAUUCGUUCACUGGUAUGUCGGUGAAGGUAUGGAAGAAGGUGAAUUCUCCGAGGCCCGUGAAGAUUUGGCUGCUCUUGAAAAGGAUUACGAAGAAGUCGGCAUGGACUCCAACGAAGGAGAAAACGAAGGAGCUGAAGAAUACUAAGCUUCAAAACAUAAACGCAUCUUAACUUCACGCAAGUUAAUAUUAAAUGCACGAUACAAUAAAUAUGAGUUCGACAAAAAAAAACAUAUAUAAUCGAAAAGACAACAUAAAUGCAUGAAAAACAUUUAGACAUGCAAACAAGAGCAUAUUGAUUUUUUUUACAUCCAUAAAACAAUAAAAAUUGCCCACACGGACCAUAUUAACAACAACAACAAAAA